CGGAGCCACGCCCCCGGCCCUGGGCGGCUGUGCGCGUUCCCGAGCGGCGCGCGCCUCACGCCUUCCCUCCCCGAGGCCUCGCGCGCGCACUACCGCCCACCCCGCGGCUGCCUUCGCCCCUCAGAAAACCAGCGGCGCCAUGUCUUCGCCUCCAGAAGGAAAGCUGGAGACCAAAGCUGGACACCCGCCCGCCGUGAAAGCCGGCGGGAUGCGGAUUGUGCAGAAACACCCACAUACCGGAGAUGCGAAGGAAGAGAGAGACAAGGAUGACCAAGAAUGGGAAAGCACCAGCCCCCCUAAGCCAACCGUAUUCAUCUCUGGUGUUAUUGCUCGGGGCGACAAAGACUUUCCCCCAGCGGCUGCACAGGUGGCCCACCAGAAGCCACAUGCCUCCAUGGACAAACAUGUUUCUCCAAGAACGCAGCAUAUCCAACAGCCUCGCAAGUGAUGGUGCCCAGACCUGGCACCCCAGCAGCAGCAGCAGCAGCAGCGCCUCCAGGAUGCUUCCCUGACAAAAACAGCUCCCACACUUUCCACAGAGGUUACUACAUUUAGAAAUCCAAGACAAUACAAAGUGGUCCUCUGCUGCCUCAGAUCCCCAUAUUUAAAACUAGAAGAGGCUCAAACCCCAAACUUUGUAAGAGUCCUAGUCGAGUGUCACUAAAGGGUCAUUGAACCCCCAGAAGUGCCAUUAGCGGAAUGUGGCAAGUCCUGAGUAAAAAGGAAAGUCCUUCACACUGUCGCAGUCACUUAAAGUCCUUACUCGUGGUCCUGAGAGGAGGAGGCCCCUUUGGAGAGAUUUGAUAAGGCUAGAAGAAAAAAAAAAAACAAAACACUGUGGUGUGCUCCGUCACAGUUGUGCUCACUUCUGCUCCCAGUCUGUGGUUGCAGAUCCCUGUUUUUCUGAAAAAUCAAAGGGUACCCUUGGCCAGAUGCAGAGCCUUCUGGAGCGCUGCUCUUGGACGGUGCUCGCUGUCCCAGUGGCCUAUGGUGGCUCUUCGGGCACCAUGUGCACCUACAGCCCUUCUGGGACUACUUACCAGGCCAUGUUGCUAUGGGAGGGAUGGGCUUCUCAAAUUUUAUGAGCAAUUUAGUAUCCCCAGCAGUGGACUUAUCGGGAGCAGAACAUAGCCCCACCCCUCCCCCGAGACUGUGUUGUCAGUCUCUCUCUUUGUAAUUACUGAAAUGGUGCAAAGUGUCCAAGGGUCGCUUUUGGAGACCCAGGCUUGGCCACACCCCAGAACCAAAUCUAGGAAGGCACCUUAGAGCCAGCAAUGCCAGGUCCCCCUGUGCAGACCUUCCCACGCUGUGCUGCGUACAUCCUGAGGCAUCCACAAUCCCUUUUAGUUCAGCCACCUGGGGGCUACCCUGUGUCUGUGGGCUCUGGGUCACUGAAGGUGGCAUGUUUGCCUGAAUGAAUUUCUUAAUUGUCGACGUUGAAAACAUGAUUAUAAUAAAGCUGCAUUUCUGCCUC